GUAGGAAAUGAUUUAAGACAUGGUUUUAGACUUUUAUAGACUCCUGCAUUGUUCAAUACUGUAUCUACCUCAACCUAUUAGGAAAACAUGCCUCCCACAACAACAGUGAGCCGUUCCUCUUGGUCGCCGACAAUUCUGGAGAAAACAUUCUUCAAGUGAACAUCACUUCCGGAUCGACUCUUGUGCUUCCCCUUGGGGACGUAGGGAUGCCCACCGUUCUGGACUAUGACCCGCUAACCGACUACGUGUACUGGUUCGAUAGUCGAGACAACGUCAUCAAGCGGGCUCAUCAUCAUGAUGGAAGUGACAGUGAGACCAUCAUAGAAACCGCCAACAAUGAUGCCCGGGGCCUGGCACUGGACUACGCUGCCGGCAAUAUCUACUGGUCUGUCCAUGACACUCACACUAUCUCUGCAGCAAAGAAGAACGGAUCGUCCGCUAGGACACUUCUGACGUCACCAGCCACCUUGUGGCCUUACAACCUGGUCCUGGACCCCAGGAAUGGCUUCAUGUACUGGGCGGACGGCGGUUAUGGCAUAAUUCACCGUGCCUCGCUGGACGGUACCAACCACACGGCUCUCAUUGCAGGCUUAAGUCAUCCCUACGCCAUCACAAUAGACUACAAUGAGGAUCGAUUGUACUACCGUGAUCAGCAAUACGGCAUCUACAGCUCUGACCUGCUGGGGAACGAUGUCCGAGAAGUUCUGUAUGAGGAAGGGAAGUGGGUUCGUGGUAUCGCGGUUGAUGAGCACUUCAUCUACUGGUCGUCUAACUGGAUGUCUAAGUCCGACAUGACUAGGACUGUUUUGGUGGACGGCCUAGGUGGUCCAUGGGGCAUCUACAUUACCGAGGCAGGUCCUGCUGAGAUCCCCUGCUCCCCCGGGUACUUCCCGUGCGGUCAGGGAAAUGCCUGCAUCCUGGCGUGGAAGCGGUGUGACGAGGCGACGGACUGUCCAGACGGGAGGGACGAGGAAGGUUGCGUGUGCCUGCCAAUUCCGGUGGAUUUCGACCUCGGCGACAGACUUGCGGUGCUGCCGAAUCAGCUGGGCCAGACGACGUUUGAAGAGAUACAGAAUUCCUCUACCGUGGCGAUACUCAACAGUUCGCCCAACAACGCAGAGACCCAACAUCCUGAGUUCCGGGAAUUUGCAUCUGUGGUCAUCUUCCCGCGAUGUGUUGUCUCCGUAGCUUCCUGCUCCUCGUCUCAACAUGGAGUCGAUACGACCUCGUGCUUGGGCACACAACUGCUAGCGUGCCGUUCGUGGUGUGAGGAAGUCCUAGCCAUGGCCGAUGACCGGAUGAAGGACCAGCUCCCUGCCUGUGACUUGUUUCCCUCGCCACAAAACGGUUGUUGGAACCUUAAACCAGAAUGGAAGAACAACGAAUUUUGCUAUCAUGGUAACGGCAUGAACUACCGUGGUAGAUCGAGUAAAACUAUAUCCGGUGCAGAAUGUGUGAAGUGGUCCGAUGCGCAGGCUGGUUUCUACACGACCGAGUACCCCUGGGCCAACUUGGUGAACAACUACUGCCGCAACCCUACCGGUCACGACCGGCCAUUUUGUCUGGUGGAAGAAGGCAGACAAGAAGACUGUGACCUUAUUCCAUGCAAUGAAAACGGUUGCUGGGACAUGGGUCCUCCAACCAACGGCAUCAGAGUCCCUGCCAAGAGGUUCUACAACGUGGGAGAAAGAGUCACUUACACCUGCAACGAAGGGUACAACCUUGAUUUUAGGCAUACCAGCAGGGUAACAUGCUUUGAAGAUGGUAUCUGGCAAUAUGACAAACCCAGCUGUUCAGUGGACAUUAGCGGUAAACUUGAAGAGGACCUGCUCAAUGGGUACAGUGAAAGCCAGCCACCUGAUAUUGAGAGAGGGGGUCACACAAUUAUCGUCUUCAAUGGAACUGUGGAAGAGGUCAUCGACCUGGACGAAAAGAAAGAGCGUCUGGUUGCCUCUAUAGUCAUUGACUUCACAUGGCGGGAUAGCCGACUGGAGUGGAAGCCAAAGUACUUCGGAAACAUUGAAACCCUCAGCGUCGUGGGCAGCAGCAUCUGGACCCCUACAUUUACUCUAAAGAGGAAUGCUGACCCUUUGUACCGAGGCCUGCCAGAUGACGUACUUCUCCUGAUCAGCACCGAUGGUACAGUUAGAUGGAGGGUAGAGACUCUGACCAGCACCAUCUGUACUACACACCCGUUCUUCUUCCCUGCGGACACCAUGGAAUGCCACAUCUGUUUUUCUGUUUCCCCAGCAAUUGAUCAAAUCGUCGAAUGCGGUGGGGGCAGUUCCUGUGACGUCUGGUCUUCCCCACAACAGGAGGGCGAAUGGAAUCGGAAGGACAAGAUCUUCGCUAAAGGCAACAAGGAGGCGUGCUUCGCUGUUCAGCUGGAGAGGAUCCCGCUGUUCCACAUCGCCACCACUGUUGGCCCCUGCGCCAUCCUGGUGGUGCUGAUGACCAUCACCUUCAUCAUGCCGAUAGACAAGGGAGACCGGAUCGCCUUCGGAGUGACCAUCCAACUCUCCAUGGUCGUGUCUCUCGUUUUUGUCACCGAGGUACUUCCUGUCAAGGGACAGUUGCCUUUUUUGGCCACUCUGAUUGUCGUGUGCAUGGGUCUGAUGGGACUUUUCCUCUUCUUCACCAUGGGCAUCAUCACUCUUCACGACAAGGAGGGGAGUCUGUCUCCAAUGUCGAAGACUUUCUUUCUCCAGUACAUGGCAAAGUUCCUGCUGCUCGGAGACCUCACAGAGAAGGAGGCUGCGAGCGAAGAUGGAGAGGCUGGCCUGACCGUCAGGACGCUGGCCUAUCGUGAGCGGACCGACCGCGACGUCCCUGCCGAUGGCAUGGCGGAGGUCGACGGGAAAAGCCCGGCUGCUCUUUCCGAGACAAUCCGGCAGCUGUCCGGGCCGCUCACGCGCAUGGAGACCGCCAUGUCAUCCGGUUUCAGGGACCUGAUCAGCAUUAUUGAGGACCAGGCGAUGAAGAACGAACAGGAGAUAUCCGACUACACCCUAUUGGCCAGGGUCCUGGACAGGCUUUGCCUUGUUCUGUACGUCAUCAGCAUUGCCGUGGCCGUGCCUAUGACCAUGCAUCUGGGCACGUAA